GGCCCUUAGUGCUAUAUUCGGUCCGGAACAGUUCAAGCGGUUUAAUAUGGUAUCAUGGGCCACCCUCACAAACAAAUCAGGCUUCAAAGCUAGUCUCCAAUUAAUGAGUCCCAUAGUUUACGUCAAGGGGGUCACCUCCCUUGAAAGGUCCCUCUCCAAUGAUUCGGUCUUGAGGGGUACGGUCAUAUUGAGCGUCACCAGGCCAUUAAAGGUGUGGGACGUUCGUAUCGGGUUUGAGGGGUACCAGGCGAAAGUUAAAGGCGAUAACCAGAAGCUGCAACUUGAAGAGGUGACAUUCAGAGGUGAGGAAUGUUUGUGGAAGUUGGGCAGUGCACAGGGGUUUGAUCCAGUUGUUGAUUGCUGGGAAAGUAUUUCAUCCCUCAGAGAGGAGAAUAACUGCGAAUAUCUCUCGCCUGGAAGUUACAGCUACCCGUUUCAGUUUGUCGUUCCUUCGGAUACCCCAGAGACCCUUCUUACGGAGUAUGGUGGUUAUAGCUACAAAGCUGUCGCUCAGAUAACGUAUUUUGAAAAGUCCUUGAAGCGACAUAAGACAAUCAGCCAGCUGGUGGUGAUUGUACGAACCCUCCAAGAAAACUCGUUGUUGGUCAACCAAGCGAUUGUUUCGACUGGCGACUGGCGAGGCCUACUUCUGUACAGUGUCUCAGUGAGCAACAAAUGCAUUAAACAAAACUCCAGCGUCGGCGUUUCCAUAAAGUUAGAUGCAAUCGUACCCGGCGGUUAUAACGUAUUCUCUGUGGUCAUCUCAUUGCACCAAACAAUCAGAUGUUCGGUUCACGGCAUGCAAGACGAACUGGGCAAAGAGCAAGGGAGAAACUUUUACUCCAACACGACGUCGGUUAGAUUGCGGAAUCAUUACUUGUCAAGGAACGAUUUCCAGCCCGACGGUUCGGUGGAUUUGCACUGGGAGUUGCCGAUCAAGAAAAUUAUCGUGGAUAAUCAGACCUCAACCCCCCAGCCGCUAUUUCCAUACACCUUCCACAAAGCGCACGACACCAUCAAGAUCACACAUGUGCUCAAGACCGCGGUGGUCCUCCAGCAGGUCAACGAGAUCGACCCCGAGAGUGGUGCCAAGUUAAGGCCAAUAGAUCUUAACAGGGGGCUUGUAAAGGAGUGCUUUCCCGAAUAUCGAUCUGGAAAAGUCCCAAGGCAGAUAGUACCAUAUCGUAGUGUCACCUCGAUGACACCGUCUGCCUCCACCCUGGCUGUCAACCAAAAGGUUGAGCUUACGUUGAGCGCACCGGUGGUUCUCCUUAGCAGUGAUAGCUACGAUUUGGUUCCACCCCCGUAUGACGAUGCAUCGUAUGACACGGUCUCGAGUAGCAGCUCAUGGUUUAAGAGUAUGCGCGAAUCCGAGGCUAUGCCUCCGAGCUACCUUGUUUAGCACGGCGUUUGGCCCUGGAAAAUACCCCUUUGCUAAGAUUAAUAGUUU